ACCAGAAACGUAGCCUUUGUCAUCACUGGACUCGUGAUGGGCGUAAUCGUUAUGGAAGUAGUCAUCUUUGACAGCCCAGGCGAAAUUGUAUGGCAUCGGUCCCUUAAGUCCACAAAAUGUCAAAGUUAAAAGGGCGCAUAGUGUCGGGUAACCUGGUUUCGGAUAGUCACCGGCAUUCGUAGCAAUAACGGCAACAGCGAGAAUGAAUCACGAAUUUUCUUCGACACUUUCCAUUUGUUGGUCUACUGCGUGUUCCUUGCUGUGGCCUGUAUCACGUUUCGGGAAAGGAAAAUUUCUUAAUCUCAUUGCCUAUCACGGCGGUGGAGCCUUCUAAUGGCGGACGUGCAAACUUUCGUUCGCAGGCCAUUUAUAGUUGAACGUUUAUCUUCUCCAUGCCUUUCAUUCUGUCCACUAUGGAGAGAGAUGUGAAAACGGAAGAAAUUUAGGACAAGGUCAUCAAGCGAUCCAAGGUGGUAGAACAAAUUUCAACGUUGUUCGAAGCUGCAGGUAUUGGCCGUUAGUUGCUGUUCCAGUUUGUUUCUUGACGCUGCCAGGAAUAUAUCUUGCCUUUGGGAUAACGAAUUUUUGGGUAAGGCUGCAUCCAAAAAUGUGAAUUCACCCCAAACGUUUGGGUAUCGCUGAAAUCCGGUAAUCUUAACGAACGAACAACCCAUCAUAACAUUCGGUGGAAAAUUUUGGUUUUUAGUGGAGUUGAUAUUUUCUUUCCAGUCAUUAAUUCGGCUCUGAGAAGAAGCUGCCCAAAUCAUCAAAGGGAAAUUUGUUUGCGAGCCGUGCUUAAUUCAUUUACACUCAAAACAGCUGCGUUCUGCCUAGUUCCAGCUACCUAGAUUGGUCGUAGUGUUUGAAUGCUUCCGGCCAGAUCAUCUUACAGCGAUUGAGAAAAGGAUGAUCUCAUCAAAGAGCCUUUGCGCUCUUCCUCAAGAACUCUGCUGCCAUGUAACAACCCUGAAUUUGCCUUUUCAUUUCACAGAAACCACAUGUCGAAAAAAAAAAACCCAGGCGUUUGAGUACUUCCGAAUGGAUUAUCCACCAGCGGAUUACCCAGCAGCAUGUGGAUGAUCUCCUCAAAGACAACUCCGCUCUGCCACAGAGCGAGAACAGAACCCAGUUGGCUAAUCCUUUAAUCUGCCGGCACGGUCUGAAAAGGGAUAAUCCUUUCUCCAAUGGACAUGACUGACGGAAGUCUUUGAAAGAAUUUCCGUUCUUUUCAACCAAUGAGGAAGAAGCUACACCAAAAUGUUUUAUCCCCUAUAAAAGGACUCGAUUUUGCGAUCGAAUUCACCAUUCCACUUUUGCUCUCUGCCAACUACACAGCUCGCUACUUCCGUUCAGAUUUUUUCCCAGUUGCUUCCACUUCCAAAUCGUCGAGAUCAACUCGUCAACGCCAUUUUUACGACGAAGCUCAGCUAGCUGUACUCGACGCCGAGUUCGCAAGGGAUUCGUUUCCCAACCGAGAAGGCCGUCGUCGUAUUGCUUUGCUGAUUGGUGUUUCAGAAAAAUCUAUUAUGUGGUGGUUUCAAAAUCGUCGACGACGUAUUCGCCAAAGAGGAUUUGGACCAGGUGUCACAUCCCAAUCUUACGAAACAAGCCGUCAACAGCGUCGACCAUCUCCAUACAGCCAAUUUCAUCAAGUUCAACAAGAUGUCUUGUCGCACUGCCUGCCAACGUCUGGUGGAUAUCCAUUUACUCAAACCUUGGAAGAACAUCCGACCAACUACUGGGCAAACGAGUCUUCACCAACCUCCCGGCAGUUUCAGCCGAACAGCGAGUCAACCAGUUGCACAAGUUAUUAUCAGGAGGUGAACCCUCAAGCCGAAGCCGUUAGCUAUUCUUCUGGAUACCAACCGAGCCAUCAACAAGAGCAAAAUUAUUGUUUUUGGAACAACUGGGAAUAUGCUCCUCCUUUCUGUCCAUCUUCUGCAAACACUAUGCAGAACACAGCCAAUGUGUGCCAAGAAAAUCCUUACAAUUAUUCUAACAUGUCAUAUUAUUCGUAUUAUCCUUCUGAAUAUUGUAAUCAAGUGUACAUGUAAGUGUAAAUGACAUCCUUGAUUCAGGUUUCGAAAUAAAUCUUCCUUAGAUUUUUA